AUGUCCCAGUUAUGUUACAUUUUAGAUGCCUCGUGCAUGGAAAAGGGUAUUGGUAAUGUCAAGAGAUGGUGUGAAGCCGACCAGGCUCGCAAGUUCUCCCGGUUGAGCCUGUAUAUUCCGACCUUCACUCUUCAAGAACUAGACUUUUUGAAGUAUCGCAGAAACAGCUACACUGCAAAGGAAGCACUCAGGUUCAUCGACGGGGUAGAUUUCCCUGAAAGUGUGGACCUGAUAAUUGAGUUCCCAGAACUGCUGGAUACCAUACUGUGGUCUGAUGUGCUGGACCGUCAAGUUAGCGAUCUGCCCGAUUUCGAUCUGAGACCCAACUCGCCGCAUUCUUUGCCCCGUCGCUUGAGAAAUCUGCUCAAGAGCUGCACCUACAAAUGCCAUUUCGAAGGUAGCAAUAACCAAACCUGGGUUUUGGUGACCGAAGACGCCCAAAUACGACGUUUGGCUGACGCCUUUGGCAUUCCUCAUUGCUCGCUCGUUUCUGCAGACCAAGAAAUUUGCAGAAAGCUCGACAAGCGGGCAUUCAAACAAAACGCUAAAUUCAGCGACUACCUCAAGAAGAAAAGUGUCAAGGACUCCUCGGGCGGCAAGGAGGUGUACCGUGCCAAGUUCGACCAGGCCAUGUAUGCAAGUCGCGGUCCUGGCAACCUCUGGACACCCUAG